UAUGAUCACUGCAUCAAUCAUUUAUGGACUUGCAAUUCUACCGGCUAUAUAUGCAAUCUUAUUGAGAAAAAAUCCUUUUCGACUUCUGUGUUGUGUUGCCAAAUCACUGCUUACUGGUAUUGGUACUGCAUCGAGGUGAGUUACAGUACAACAUUUUGAAAUUACCAUUUAAUUACUGAAUACUCCAGCAUUAAUUAUUCGUCACGAAAAUAAAAUUUUAAUAUAUUUCUAAUUUCAUAAAACAUUCUAGAAGCACCAAAAUGGCGCCUAUAACCGCCAAAUUAUAAUAGACCGCCGUUGAACAUAAACAAUGCCGGAACAUAUCUAUAUCUAAGCUGAACGCAAAGAUGCGUAAAAUAUUGACAAGGUGCAUAUAUUAAAUAUUGACUUAUUAAGAAGUUAAAAUAUCUUUGUAAAGCCUGGCGCACACGAUGCGAUUUUAGUCGGCCGAUAAAAAUCGUUUGACUAAAACUAACAAAAUCGUUGUGUGUGCGGUGUCAUUUUUAACCGAUUUUUGUUGCUCGAUUUUAAUCGGAGAACAUCAAAACAUUUUGAUAUUAUACGAUUUUUAUCGGUGGAAUGUUAAGUAUAACCAAUCAGAUUUCAUGCUGUGAUCACGUGCUUGAAUUUAUUUGGCAACAUGGCGGCUACAGUUCAGGGAGCAUAUUUUUUUCGUAAUCGUGUGCGGAGUAUACCGAUGUAUAUCGGUAUGUCAAACGAUUUUUAUCGGCCGACUAAAAUCGCAUCGUGUGCGCCUGGCUUAAACUGCGCACGAUUUUGGGGAACUUAGAGCAGCUUCUUUUAAAAACAGUUUCUUUAUGCAUGAAAUUUACUUAUGUCAAGCGUUCAUCACUUGUGGGUUUCGCAAAGUGCUGAGACCGCCAAUUGUAUUUCUGUAUCCCGUCCUUCGCACACAUAUUCAAGAUAUGCCAACCCCAAAUCCCUAGUGCUGACGAGUCCAAGAAGGACGAAACGCCGGCGUACUGAAUACUACUCGAUACUGAAUUUUACACGCAUGACUAUUCUCCUUCUCUCGCUUUAUAUAUUUUACAAGCCUCCAUAAAAGCUUUUUAGUACAGCGCGAUCAUACCUUUUGGGUCUGAUCAAUUUUUUUAUACCACAGGAUAUAUUCUACCGUUACAAUUUUACACAUGUACCUCCAAUUUUAUGUUCCAUAAAUCUACACCUGCACUUAUAUUUCUUAGGUUCACAAUUAUACAAACGCAAGUCGUGUUUUUGUUGCAUGCCAUAUAUGGCAUGCAACUUUCACAUAGCUCUAAAUUUCAUGUCGUGGCGGUGGUGAGCGUACCAGUCAUGUGGCAGAUUCGUAAAAGACGACGAUUACCGAAUUUUUCCGACGAGCAAUCGAGUACUUUCAUGCCGGGUUUUCGUCGAGGAAACGCAAAGAAAUAUUGAUUAUUCGCCAAAAAUUUACAUAAAUGAGCGCCUUAGAAAAAUAGAUCGAGGUAGGUAAAGCUUUGCUGUUUUUAAGUUACCUUAUAUUCUGUUAUUUGUUGUGAUUUUGGAGCCGUUGUGCUCGCACUGAUUAUUUAUCAAUUGACAAUUAUCAGGCGUUUAUUUAUAGUAUUUAUAUUUAUAUAUCGUGAAAGCCUGAAAGAAGCCCACGCUAUAAAAAUACUCUUACGAUUUUUAUAUACUCAAACGGAGCCAUUGUGCUCGCACUGAUUAUAUUCUGUGCAAAGCUUCACAACCACAGCACAUUUUGUAAAUAACAUGAAAUAUAAAUAUCAAACAAAAUUUGAUGAUAAAUAGUAUUACUAUUGAAAUUUAAUACAACGAAAUAGCAACCAUUGUGAAGUACGCAUACGAUUCAACAUGACAUUCGAUAUUGUAUAAAUUAACUCAUUUCAAUCACUCAAACGACCAUACCGGUCAUAUUAGCUAACACAAUUUCAAUCAUAGUUUAAUAAUAAUUUUCAAUCGAUUAUAGUAAUUCACCGUUUCCACGGGUUUUUAUGCCUUUAAAAAGUUACAAUAAAGCUAAAUCAAUAGGAAAUAACGUUAUUUAGUUAUAAAUUUGUAAAGGUCAAUCGCUUUCGAUAAAACCUUGACCCACCUUGACCUUGUUAUUACCGUCGCUUGCAACUAACGAUGAACGGUUGCUCAUAAAAACAUUGCCUAUUCAUAUGAGAAUCUUAAGUUUUCUUAUUCCGACAUAAUAGCUAUUUUUCAAUAAAUAUAUUGAUAUUAAACGUAUUGAAUCAAUGUUUUAAGUUUCAUGCCAGUUGUACCAAAGGUUAAUUAUAAGCGCUAUAGCGCAUCAUAAGUUUCAGAAGGCAUGCAACAUGUACGCACUGCGUACCUAUUUUUAUCUUUUAUCCUCAGUUUCAUCAAUACAACAUAAUUUUCACAGGCAUACAUUGUGCACACUUUUUGAUCUAACAUUUAGGGACUAUUGUUGCAUAAAAUUAUUACUAGGACACCAAUAUAGUCUCAUUACCUAUAUCUAACCUUUAAAAACUCAAAAAAAUAAUGAACAUAUACUAUCUAAUAUUCAAACAACUCCCACACACGUCAAAUUGCUCAAUUUUUUCCUCUAGUGAUUUUUCCGUAUAUUUUUUUGCUUAAAUCGUCAGUAGAGGGUUUUGCUUUUGCUUGAAUUUCAGCAAUUAUAGAAAGAUCUGCGAAACAGAAUUCACCAAAAGCUGAAUUGCUUCACCAUUCAAUAACUGGGCAGAUCCUCCCACACGAAUAUCUUCCAACCUGCAUGAAUGUUUGCGGGAUGUUGGUUUUCUGGUCCUUCUUUUCUCCUGUCACAACAUUUUGAGUCCGGUGGGAAGGACAUUAGUACAGAUGGUACUAAUGGAAAUUCAGUUGAUGAGUUGAGUGUUAAGAUGGGUAAUAUUUCCGAAGGUUCUUGCUUGGAUAAUACGACACAGAACGACACUCCAGACAACGCAUGUUCAUUAAAUACUGUCAUUGACUGCACCAGGUACAGCUCGCCAAAAAACCUAUCGUGACUACUGGUUAUGUGAUGAGAUUCAUCAAAAACUUACGUAAGCGAGUGAAGAAACAGUCUGACGUAAUCACGGACGAUGUCCUAAAGGUCGAUGAAUACGAGACAGCGUUGUCAAUGUGGAUUAAAGAUGAACAGCUAAUCAUUAAGAGACAGUCCAAUUUCCGUAAUCUCCGCGCCUCGUGGAAUCUUUUCGAAGACAAGGACGGAUCGCUACGGUUAAAAGGACGAUUUGCGAAUUCCUCAUUGAAAUAUGAAGAGCAACAUCCUGUUUUACUUCGGUGUAAGGACAGUAAUUUUACUCGGUUGGUUAUCUGGGAUGCACAUGACUCAACGAUGCAUCAUGGAGUCGAGUCAACGUUAGCGAGAGUACGAGCCAGAUACUGGAUCAUCAAAGGAAGAAACAGCGUCAAGGACAUUUUACGGAAGUGUGCCUUGUGCAAACGAUAUCAGGGUAAACCUUUGCGCAGCCCUGAAAGUCCAGAUUUACCAGAAUUCAGAAUAGACCAUUCGAGAUUUGCGUUCCAAGCGACGGGUUUGGCUUCCGGCGGUCCAUUGUACGUGAAGAACAAAUCGGGAACUGAUAAAGGGUACAUUCUUCUGCUAACUUGUGCUUCUAGUCGACCCAUUCAUUUAGAACUUGUGAAGGAUAUGUCGAUCGAGGGUUUUUUACGAGGAUUCAAACGGUUUAUAGCUCCUCGAGGUGUUCCUGAAGUAAUAAUCAAUGCUAACUUCAAGACUUUCAAGUCGAGAGAAGUAAAGCGUUUCAUGCUAGGACAAGGCAUAAAACAACGGUUCAUUCUUCCAGCGUCGCCAUGGUGGGGAGGCUUUUACGAGCGUCUUGUUAGAACAGUCAAAUCGUGUCUAAAGAAAACCCUAGGGAAGACUUAUACAAUGUUCGAAGCCAACUUCAAACGAUUUUGUGUGACGUGGAAAUUGCUAUUAACAAUCGGCCAUUGGCAUAUAUCUAAGCGAGGAUGACCUGGAUGAGCCCUUGACACCAUUCCAUCUGAUACCGCGACGUAGUUAUGUUAGAAGAAAUCUCGGUCGGAGGAAUACGGAUAUUGUACCAAAUUUUAGUCUCGGACAGUGUAAAGAUCGGCUUGGGCAUCAGCAAAAGGUAUUAAAAGAUUAUUGGGUUCGGUUUCUAAGAGAGUAUUUGAAUGAGUUACGACAGAUGAACAUUUAUCGAAAGAGGGAGGGUUCUACUCGUGAUCUGAUAAUCGGUGACGUAGUUCUCGUCAAAGACGAUGAGCCAGCUCCACGAACGCUGUGGAGAAUUAAAUUGGGAAAGUUAUACAACUUGUAAUCGGUCGGGACGAUCAAGUCAGAGGUGCAACGCUAAAGUACUUAGCAAGAGUGGGAAGCAGACAACGAUCCAUCGACCGCUACAGAAAUUGAUAUCGUUUGAGAUCGCGGAGAGUAACGUCAAGGAAGACAAGAACGUAGAACACGAUGAGAUAGAGGUGGAGUCAACUGAAGGAAAUGAAACACAACACGAUAGUUUGAGAAGGGCGACGAGAAAGGCUGCCGUAGACGGACAAAACGCACGACGAUUAAGAGACAAGUAUUACUGAACAUUCGCACACCGAAUUCUUUGGUGUGAGAGGAUGUAGAAACUUUAUAUUAUGACACUUUAAAUUAAAUUGUAUCAUGUUACACGUUUAUUGCAAUUGGUCAAUCAGGUCACAUGAUCAGACCACAUGGACGAGUUAAUUCAUAGUUAGUUCAUAUUUGUGCGGAUAUCUAUUGUUCUCAAUAGGGUUUUAUUUGGGUAAGAAUCUAAAAGCAAGGGGAGGGAUUUGAUAUCUCCACAGGGAAAAGCGGGGUUGAUGAAUAGAAUUGAAUGCCUAAUUAAAAAUGCAAGGUAUCUAACUCCAUAGUGACCACUUUUAGAAGUCACUAUGGAGUUAGAUACCUUGCAUUUUUAAUUAGGCAUUCAAUUCUAGAGGACCUUGAAUUUGUAACAAAACUCAAACCCCACAUUUCCUUUUCGACUAGAAAACGCUGCACGUCUCUGAGUCGAGAAGGAGACAACAGCCGUGUACCUCAGAGCCCGUCAAACUCUACCUUUGGGUAGGAGUAUUUGUCAUUCGGUGCACGAGGACUAGCUGAACCAAGCACCAAACUUGCUUGUGCAAGCAAUUUAUACAGUAAUAUCUGCUCUUUCGCUUGUGGGACGCGAAAUGAUAUACUACGCAUGCUCAACCACAUUACAGCGUGUUUAAUGCGCAUGUUCAACCUUAUUUCGUCCCACAACCAUAACCUCCCGAGGACAAUGGAAAAUGGAUAUAAACAUAAAAACCUCAUGCAUGAUCGGUCUUUCAUUGAAAUUCAAGAAAGACUUCCCAAUGAAAGACCUCCCAUUCGGUUUUUAUCCUAUAUAUAUAUAUACAGCCCUGUUGAGAACAACUUGAGAAUCUCUGCUUCGACAAACCCGUACAAAUCUUCGUUAGCGCUUCUCUGUUGUAUGAGCUAUUUCGAACAUAUUUCAUCGUAAUUGUGGUUGGUGAACGAAUAUUCAAUCACUUCUCAUUGAUAGUAUACAGUAAUGCGACACGAGAAUUGAUGCAUAUCAAAUGCGAAAGCCCUGUUUGUUUUUAUUACAACCAUGGUAAUUCAAACUCAUUUAAAGAACAAUACAUCAUAAAGUGAAUUUCAUUGUGGGUCAAUCCUUACAAAUAUGAACUAAGUUAGUUAGAUACCUCAAACGUCGGCUCUUAGUCAGAUAAAUCCCUCGGGGCCUACGGCCCCUCGGGUUUGUAUCUGACUAAGAGCCUCCGUUUUCGGUAUCUAACUCUUACUUAGUAGGCAAGGGGUUGCCGAGUCCGUACGGACGUUGUGUAAAUAUAUUGAAAUAAAAAACUAUAUUGGUUGGAUUAGUUCUGCUUUUUACACCACUUUCUGAUAAAUCUGCCCGAAUGUUCUUGAUUUUUCCUAGCAUUUGCCCGAAUUUCCAUGGUUUUCAAAAAAAUUGGGGGGGAAGGGAGGCAGUUGCCCCCCUCCCCCCUGUUUCGUACGCCUAUGGUUGAUAUUUCUGUUACUUUUUUUUUAGCUGUGCCACCAUUCCUAUCACUCUGUCUUGUUUUGAGAAGAAAAAGGUUGUUGACAGACGUCUGGCUGAAUUUCUGCUUCCAAUUGCAACAGUAACAAACAUUUCUGGCACAGCAAUUUAUAUCGCCGUAUCUGCUAUAUUUCUUGUCCAGACCUAUCAUCCCAACAUACUGACUUUCACCUCGUCCGUCGUUAUCUGGUGA